CUUCAACUCCACCACGCGCAACAGAUACACCAGCGGCAUUGCGGCAUGGCUCGCCCUUUCUACACAAGGAGAGGAUAUCGGAUCCUCUCUUAGCGAUGGAUCGGGCAGCGUGACAAUCGAUCCGGACCUCUGGUCUGGAAACCCAGGGACUCCAGUUACGAUGCAAUGCUCGCCGCCAUGCACCUAUAUCUUGCCCCCUCUAACACUCACUACUGAGACAACGUUUUGUUUCCCACCGCUCACUACGUCGGUGACAGUUGGGUUCAACUCAGCAACCACGUUUGAGAUAUCAGGCGCGACAUCCACGCUUACCAUCUACCAGAUUACCGUUGAUACGACCACUAUCAGCAUUCCUACGGUGACGACCUCGGUGAUCCUGUGGUUUGAUGAGACAGUUACCGUCAACUCGACCGUCAUAUAUCCCAUUCCGAGCAUCAUUGCGCCCCCUUUGACCACCACUGACCCAAUUAUCAUUUACGGGAGUACUUAUCCAGCGCGGACACGCACGUUCUGGCUGCCUCCUUGGCCUGGGUCCUCAGAGCCGCCCAGCACUACACCAACUACAACUACUACGACAGGUGGUGUAACCACAACUAUGACAAGCGGUGCCCAGACUACUGGGGGCGCGGCCAUAACCUCUGUUCAUCACGCGUCAGGACCCCCAAAGCCAUCCUGCACUCAUGCGACAGGCUGUGGCCAUCAUUGCGGUGAUAGCAUCCUGGACAUCUGCAUACUUUGCUGGAUAGGCUGCAGUAUUGGGCCUCCAUCCAUCAAUGGGAUUGGUCCUGACCAGCCUGGGGGCAUCCCGCCUGCACUCGACCUCAACAACCUUGAUAACAAGCCAAGUUCAAGCGAGUGCGAGACAUCAACAUUCUUGAUCUUUUUGGUGUCCCCGACUUCCUUACGCUGGUGAUACUGAGCGUUGCCUCUUAUGCUUCGCCCGAACCUGGGAUUACGGCAAAUGAAGCAAUGAUUUUAGCGAGCCUUUCUAGUCGGGAAACAGAGACUGUGGCUGUGCUUAAAGAAAAUGCGCCUCAUGAGCGUACAUAGACCAUAGAUCGAAACGCUACUCUUGUGGCAUACGCAUCACAAGAGAAGCGAGUUGAAGUAGAAGUUCGAGGGCUUGGCCACUUAUGAAAAGCAGAGGGUGAUUGAGGAAUGUACUGAAUGUUAAACUCCGUCUAGCACCAAAUGGGAGUUGAUUUCAAUAAGUGCUUUGUCAAUGGGACCUUAUGGAAUCGUCAUCAAAGUGAACAUCGGC